AACACAACAAAAUAUUUUUUUAAUAUUGUUUGCAUUUUGUUAUUCAUUUUGUUGUUGCAUAAAUAAAACAAAACGCGGCGCCGUAAACUGCUGGUGGGGUAAAGCAAAAAGAUGAACGAGUAUCUGGAUCAUGCCAGACGUAACAUACAAAGGGCAAUGAACAACAGUUUCAAUUCGCUAUCGGAGGCUGCAAUGCUGGCCAGUGAGCUGGCCGCCUCGACGGGUCAGCAGCUGCUUGGCGGCUUUAUGAAGCUGAAGGAGCAAAAGCCAAAGCCGCUGCCAAAGGCUAAAAGCGUCAGCGAGCUGCUGCUGCAGCCGCGUCUAGUGAGCGUUGUGUGUGGAUUUCCCAAGAACAUUGAAAUGUAUCCGGAGUACUGCAAGGGACAGUUUGGCGAAGAUGCGUGGUUCAGAGCUUCGACGGCGCAGGCGGAUACGCUGGGCGUGGCCGAUGGCGUGGGCGGCUGGCGUGUCUAUGGCAUUGAUCCGGGUCUGUUUAGUCGCUUUCUGAUGCGCUCGUGUGAGCGCCUCGCGCACGCUGCGGACUUUGAGCCAACGCAUCCGGAGCAGCUGCUGGCGCGUGCCUACUGCAAUCUGCUGGAGCAAAAGCAGCCCAUACUGGGCAGCUGCACCGCCUGCGUGUUGACGCUGCAGCGCUGCAGCGGCAAAUUGUUUGCUGCCAAUAUUGGGGACAGCGGUCUGCUGAUUAUACGCAACGGCCUCAUCGUUUGCCGCUCCAUGGAGCAGCAGCAUCAUUUCAAUACACCUUAUCAGCUGGCAGUGCCGCCACCUGGUCAUGACUACAAUGUGCUAACCGAUGGUCCCGAGUGCGCUGCGCUGCUGCAGUUCGAAAUGCAGUCGGGCGAUUUGCUGCUGCUUGCCACCGAUGGCGUCUUCGAUAAUGUGCCCGAGCAGCUGCUGCUGCGUCUGCUCGGCCCUGCGGCGGGCAUCAGCUCGGCCGCCAAGCUGCAAAUGUAUGCCAAUUCCAUUGCGCUGAUGGCGCGUUCGCUCAGCUUCAAUCCGCAUCAUGAUUCGCCGUUUAGCCAGAAUGCGCGUCGGCAUAAUAUUGAUGCACCAGGCGGCAAACCCGAUGAUAUAACUGUACUGCUGGCCAGCCUGGUGUGAGGCCAACCAGUUUGUCCAACUGCGCAGCCAUCACUGGCAGCAGCUCACAGGUGUGCGCCUCAGCUCAGUUGUGGGCAAUUGCCAGUGAAUGCUGUCAGUGGGCUCAACACACACACCCACACACACACACACACACACACACACAGCCAGUCCACGCCCCCUCCCCACACUUUACACUCUACUACAAAAUUGCAACAGCCACGUUUUGCUUUUAAGCUCUGUGCCCUGCUCUUCAAGGUAAAGUCGCUGUCUUUACUCUCUACAACAGUUGCUCACAUUUGUUUGCGCCCACAGCACAACACCCACACACACACACACACACACACAUAAGUCUGCUUUUAUUUCAAACGAUUGCUGGGAACAGUUGAUGAUUGAUUGACUGACUGACUGACUGACGACUGACUUGCCUGACAACAA